AUGCCCCCUGUCCUUGUCCAAGGAGCACUUCACUUCAUGCUUAAGUAUGUUGAUGACGACAGUGCAGAAAUUCUCAAGUACGACUUGACCUCUAAUAGCUUAUCACUGAUUGAUGCACCGGUUCAGUAUUCUCCAAUUGCCAGUGCCCCUAUCCUCAUGGCGAUGAAGGAUGGCAGCUUGGGGUUUGCACUAGUGGAUAAGCUAACCCUCUACAUAUGGUCAAGACUGAUGGAUUCCAACAGAGUUGCGUCAUGGACUCAAUGUAGAAUUACCAAUCUCAGUAGCCUUCUACCCAUCCAAAAUCCCGAGGAAAUUAGCCUUAUACUGGUUGGAUCUGUGGAGGGCAGUGAUACCGUUUUCGUGACCACAGACCUGGGCAUCUACGAGAUUAAUGUCAAGUCACAGCGAUGGAAGAAGAUAUGGAAGAGAGAAAAUUUCCGUUCUUUGAUUCCAUGCAUGAGUUUCUACAAUCCACAAGAAAGGGUGACGCCCACUCCCUGUGACGCAGCACAUUGA